GCACCUAAAAACCAUGGAGGUUACGAGCAUGAUUUUAGUGAUAGUUCUGAUAUCUGUCAUCCACGUGACGCCCGUGCGUUGUUUCGGGAUCUUCACGAAUCAGGGGAACCUGGAGAAGCUGUACUUGAUGGAGGAGGAAAUCAUGAGUCUCACGGACGCGUUUCUGCGUCAGGAAUUCUUCAAACACGAAGGCGAAGAUCCUCACAACUUUACACACAUCGUCAAGUUUUCAGACAGAUGCAAACAGAUUCGCCGAGAGUCGCAGGGAAUCUUCGUGUACCUCAAACAUCCAAUCAACGUCUUCCACCUCGUCCGCAGGAUGCACGAACAAUGGCCGAACGCGCUGGAAAGGAUCUUGGGUAGUGAGCCGUGCCAAAAAUGGAAGGUAAAGGAGUUGAACAUGAGACUGGAAAACAUCAGGCACAACAUUCCGACAGAGAAGGACGUCUUCGUCACAGCCGCCAGUCUCGUUGUCAUCAGGCAGACGACGGGCACGCCAAUGGAGGAAUUUACUAAAGGGAAAAUCAACGGCCACGACUCGCUUGAGCCACUGACGUUGUCGGACAUGGUUUUGUUAGGCCGGGGUGCUUACGACGAGGGUUACUACGAACCUGCGAGGGACAUGCUGGCCCACGUCCAGAGAGUGUGUUCAGAACACAAGUCUUCUAGAGACGCUUCUGAUGCUGCUUGCGUUUCAAAGAAAAAUUUCGCAUUGAUAGCACAGGCUUAUGGAAAGAUGGGUCAGUUUGAGAAAGCAGUAGAAGCACUGGAUGAACUUUUAAAGAUUGAUCCCCAGUACACGUUGGCAAAAAUGAACAGAAAAUAUUUUUUGUCAAGAAUGAAAAAGUCAGAUACGACAACGGUUAAGAAGCAUAUUAACUGGAGGGUUAAAUAUACCACAACUUGUAGUGGAGAAAGGAAAAAGACCGCAUUACAGAAUUCACAGCUGAGAUGCCGAUAUUUCCCGACUAUCCACGAAUUUGUUUUCGUCAAAGCGGAAUGGUUGCACAACAGACCCCCAGUGGUUGUUUUCCACGAUUUGAUUCCAAACCAUAAUGUUAGAGCGCUCAAGAACUCAGGAUGGGCAAAGACGCAGUAUAUCGCCCACGAUGACCUGUAUGCAACGCCUAAUUUUGCUGCUGUCAUUCAUGGUACCCGGUCAGCAAACCUGUUUAACGAUACCAUCAACCGUUUGAAAGGACCUAUAGUCCCGCCCUUAAUUGCUGGUGAUGUUGAGGUUAGAAACUAUGGAAUGCAAGGCCUUUAUUUCAAAUCUAUACCACUAAAGAAGCUGUUUAAAAAAGAUGUUGCAUCUUACUUUCUUGAGCUUCCUUCUGAAUUCGAAGGUGGAGAGUAUGUCCUUCCGAAAUACAAAGUGAAAACACAGCUGCAACCUGGAUCCGUGCUGUUCCUUUUUGCUUCAAAGUCUAUUGUUAACAUCUGUCCAGUGACAUACGGAACGAAAUGGGCUGCCUUGCAGUCAUUGGCUGUAGUGAAAACUAAAUUUUGUCGGAUACACGAAAACUGGUGACGAAGCUUUCGAAUGUGAAUUAACUGAACAUUUAUUUAUAAGUGUGUUUAUAAUGUGCUUUGUUCUCAUGAUCAUACGACCUGGAUAUUUAACAUGCAUAACAAAGCAUUAAAGCAGGUUUCUGAUCAGUAAAGCCGGGGUCACACAGCAUGACUCGUGAAAGGUUAAAAGGACA